UGCACAGCUUUGAAAACAGUCGGCUUCGGUUCUGCGCUAGUCAGAGUAGGUGGUUGAAGAAUUUCCUGGAUUCAUAGUUCCUAUGGUAACCCAGUAGCGGUUGUAGGAUCCUUUGUGUCUGGUUUCUCUGUCAUUCUCGAAAUAAGCUUCCGGUGAAGAGUUCUGCUCAAGGAUAACCGGUGAAAGCGAGAAAAGAAUAUCUUCUACAAGGAAGCUGUGCGAGUGCUCGAAACAGUGUUGCUUACAAAGAAAGGAUCUCAAGUUCAUGGACUUUGAAGUGCUGUGAAAGUUGACUUGAUCGGAAAAAAAAUCGAAAAGAGUGUGAUAACGAAGAUAAAUCAAGGCAAAAUGAAAGCAGUCACCGCACUUCUACUAAUCGGAGUCGUUCUAAGGAUAGAUUCCAUUCUUGGAGCAUUACCAUCCUCCAUCCAGGUGUGCAGGCGCAGUAAUCCCGAGAUAAACAAAUGCAUCGUCGAUUCGGUGAAUGCUCUGCGGCCACUUUUGGCGUCGGGAAAAAUUUCCGAUGACUUCUCGAUCCCACCGCUGGAACCUCUGGCCCUGGCCACCGUCAACAUGGACCGUGGAUCGGAAUUCAAGGCGACGUUCAGCGAUCUGUUGGUCAGUGGACCCAGUCAGUUCCAAAUAGAUAAUCUCAAAGUCAACCUUGAAAAAAUGACAUUUGACUUCAACAUCUAUCUGCCGAAGCUUUCCUUCCGCGGAAAGUACGACCUCAAGAUCAAGUUGUUGCUGCUCAACAUUGCCGGUAUCGGUGAUCUGAAGGGAGUCCUAGAAAACUCUCGUGCACGUGUCAAGCUGUACACCGAACGCUACAACAAGGACGGCCAGCAGUACAUGCGCGUGAAGCGGUUGGCCGUCAAGAUUCAAAUCGAAAAAGGUCAAUUCGAUAUGAAGGAUCUGUUCAACGGUGACCCGGUGCUGUCUCAAGUAGGCAACCAAUUCAUCAACGACAACUCGCGUCUCUUCCUGGACGAACUGACGCCCGGUCUGGAGCGAAGUCUAUCGGAAACAUUCAAGAGCACGGCCAACGAAAUCCUCCAGUUGGCCACCAUGGACGACAUCUUCCCAGCGUAGAACAGUCUCCCCCCUCUUUUGAAUCUCUUUCCCCUCCACCCAGACUCGAAAGGGAUGAAUGGGAACAUGCACCAAAUAUCGCUCUCAUUAUGAAACUAUGUGCACAUUUAUUCUAGUGAUCCUAGUUAAAGCGUAAGGCGUAAAGGUUUCCAUGAUUACCUUCGUUAACAUGUUACUGCAUGGUAGCUUUUAGACGAUCCACCAACUAUACUACAAAUCCUCCUAAUACGGUGUUACUAAACUGGAACAAUGUUGUCUGUGAUGAGUUUGUUUAUAUGUGUUUUUAUAAUCAAAUCGUAAAUUAAAAAAACUAGUUUGUAAGCACGUACAGUAGAGUUUUUUUUUAUCCUGGCGAAAGGAAAACAGCCAAGAAGAUUACUUCUUAACAAAUGAUUCAUCCAGUAUAGAAUAAAGAUUGAAUGAAAAGAACAAAGUCAUCAUGA